GGAUGGGGGAUAAUUGUUCCAUUCUUUUCUGUCCAAGAUUGUAGGUAAAGAGAGUCUGCCAAGGUAGUCCCAGGCUUCCCUCGUUAUUUGCUUGCGCAAGACGUGAACACGUGAAGAGAAGCUGCCUUGAGUCGGGAACGUUUGUUGAUUUUCAUGGUGACGAUUCUGAAAUCCAUGGUUUCUCGUCGCUUUACCUCUGCGGUUCACCUAUCGGCAGAAAUCAUGCAACAGAGAAGCUACGAAGAAGCAGUGAAGAAACUCAACUCACUUCAAACUAAUGCUCAAGUCUUGGAGCAGAUUCGCCGCAGCAGGGGCCGACUUGCCCAAAACAACUUGCCAGAAAUGAGGGCCUUCACAGAACGAGCUGGAGUGAAAAUGGAGGAUCUGGAUAAACUGUCGAUUAUCCAUAUCAGUGGCACAAAGGGAAAGGGCUCAACUUGUGCAUUCUGUGAAAGUAUACUACGGCAUAAAGGCUUCAAGACAGGGUUUUAUAGCUCGCCACAUUUGAUGGAGGUCAGGGAGAGAAUUAGAAUCAAUGGAAAACCAUUACCCAAGGACAAGUUUGCAGAAUAUUUUUUUGACUGCUGGGAUAACCUCUUAAAUAAUGGUGAUGAGGACGGGAAGAGUAGCAUGCCAGCAUACUUUAGAUUUUUGACCUUGAUGUCUUUCCAUGUGUUUCUUCAAGAGAAGGUUGAUGUUGUUAUUCUUGAGGUCGGAAUUGGAGGUGCUUAUGAUUCCACCAAUAUCAUCAGGAAACCUGUUGCUUGUGGAGUGACAUCUCUUGGUAUGGACCAUAUCAGCACACUCGGUGGGACAUUGGAGAGUAUUGCCUGGCAGAAAGCUGGUAUAUUCAAGCCAGGGGUUCCUGCCUUUUCUGUUCCACAGCCAGAAAAUGCCAUGAAUGUUGUAGCUAACAGAGCAAAAGAAUUGAAGAUUCCUCUUCAUGUUGUUCCAUCAUUAGAGCAGUAUCCAGGAAAACUACCAGAUCUCGGCUUGGAAGGAGAGCAUCAGUUAUUGAAUGCAUCACUGGCACUUCAACUUUGUAGUACUUGGCUACGAAGGACACAGAGGAAAGAAAAAGAAACGGAAGUAGAGGAAAAUGGAACAAUCACAACCGAGUCACCUAGUGAAGACCCAUCUGCAGAUGAACCUUCAGCAAAAAAAGCAAAGUUAGAGGUUCCUGUAGCUCAAACAUUUGAAGUUUCUGAAGUUUUUAGAAGUGGUUUGAAGAAUACCAGAUGGUGUGGACGAAAUCAGGUGAUUGUAAGACCACAAGUUUCAUUCUACCUGGAUGGUGCACACACCCCAAAGAGUAUGGAGGCUUGUGCAAAGUGGUUUAAAAAAAGAGCAGAUGAGGAAAAGGAAAAAGAAAGUGGCAGUGUUGCUCGUGUGUUGCUAUUCAACUUGACUGGCGAUCGGGAUCCUAAUAGGCUUCUUAAACCAAUUAUGAGGUGUAACUUUGACCAUGCAGUUUUCUGUCCCAAUGCUAUUAACGAGAACCCGAAAAGCACUGAUUCAGAUUUGACCAACUUUACUGUCACUCGUGAUAGCCAGCUACGAUGGUGUGUUGAAAAUCAACGUGUUUGGAUGGCUCUAAGAGGAGCUGGAUUUCAAGCACAUGCAAACCCAUCACAGGAUUGUACAGACAGUGACCAUGUGAUAAAAAAUGGACAUGAUGAUGGUCCAUAUUCCACUAUAUUUCCUUGUGUUUCUCAAGCUGUUCGGUGGUUGUUAGGAAGUAGGGAUCCUCUUGUACCAGCAUUUUUUCCUGACGACUUGCCGUUACCAGACUUCAUUUCCAAGGCAUCAAGGCUUCAGAUUCUAAUAGGAGGAAGUUUGCAUCUUGUUGGCACGGUUAUGAAAGUGCUGGGACCUGAAAUUGUUGGAGAUGUGUAGGGAAGGACAUGCUACCUGUACAACACACACAGUACGUCAUGUCAGAAAUUUGUUUCACAUCUCUGCACUGUACUGAAAGUAAUUUGACAUCAAUCUUCUGUUAAACUACGUAAUUAGCUUCAUUGCCGACUUAAGAUGCAGUUGUCAAGAGUAACCCUAUGACAAAGCUAAAAUUAACAAGUGUUAUAAUUGUUGUCACUUGUUAACUUCAUGUAAUUGGGACUCAAUCAACUAUUGUGAAGAGAGAAAGCGAUCAUGGUGCAUUGUGAUCCACAAUUUGAUGCUGGUUUACCUCAUUGGGUGAAAAUAUUCUGUACUGAUAUGUAUAAUAACAAUUUUACAGAUAUAAAUAUUCCUAAAUUAUUUUGUGAUCUUAUAGUUCAGAAGAUCUAGGAUCAUUCUGGCAGUACUUGAUUUUGGCAGCUAUUAUAAUAUUUAUUUGUACCCUUCUUGAACAGUCACACAAUUGGGUUUUUGAAGCUAUGUACAACUUAUAGUUAUGUUAUAUAUUGAAAUGGGAGCUAAAAGAAACAGCUAAAAACAAAAUAUUCAAACCGAAAUGGAAAUAACUAAAGCAAUGUGACAAUUAUAAGCUAUAUUUUGAACAGAUGAAAAUUUAUCAUUGUUCAGUAAGUUCAUUCUUCGACUGGGGCUGUGAUAAGAGCCACAGUCUCGAUAGUGCUAACAAUAUAUAGCAAUUAGAAUAUUGAAACAGAAAUGUCAGUAUAGGUGAAUGUCUUUAAUUAAUGCUUGUAUUAUUAAUAUAAUCAGGUGUACAUAUUUUUAUUGAGCCAUAUUUUGGAAUAAAAAAUUAAACAUCAAAAAUUUA